GGAGGGGUCAAUGUCGUUAUGACAUUAGUGUCUGCGUUCCUUAUGGAUCGAGUCGGACGCCGUACCCUCCUGUUAGUUGGAGUGGGAGGGUUACUAAUCUUCAGUGCUAUUCUUGCUCUGUCUCUAAUACUUAUCAAAGAACUGAACAUAACAGUCGUAUGGUUGCCUUACCUAGCUAUCGUGUCUGUGAUAUGUUACAUCAUUGCAUUUGCCUCAGGUCCAGGAUCAAUACCUUGGUUUAUGGUCGCUGAGAUCUUUUCGCAAGGUCCGCGAUCAGCGGCAGUUUCCGUGUCCACCAUGGUAAACUGGUUCUCUAACUUCACAGUUGGACUAGUUUUCCCUUUAUUGAAUGAGCUGGCAAUUCAUCAAUACUCCUUCCUUCCGUUUGUGGCGCUGCUGAUUAAUUUCUUAAACUUCAUUUACAGAAGAGUCCCAGAGACAAAAACAAAUUUCACUGCUGUUUAG